UUUUGUUCUCGUUAUAUCUAGCCUUAAUUCUCUUACCGUUGGGAUUUUCCUGUUCUCCUUGGUAGUCCUAUCCUCUCUCCCACCUUCUGCUUUCAUCACCUCUCACAUUCUUCAUCCUGUCACCUUUUCCACCCUUUCCUCUUUUCCUCUCCCAUACUCCAACCCUCCUCUAAUUUAGCUUUUUAACCUGUUAAUUCAUUUAUACUUUUUUGUCCCUCUUUCCAAACUCCCCUGUUCAUUUAGUCAAUUAUUUCCUUCCGUCCUCUUCUUUCAUUCAUCUAUGUGACGUAUUUCUUUCCCUGUGCAUCAUUGCUUUCUCCCUUUUUCUGAAAAGACAGAAGGGGAGGGGGAGUGUGUAUUUGAGGUAGAGCGACAGAGAGCCGGAGCUGCCCAAAGAUUGCUAUACGAAAAGGAGAGGGAGAGAGAGAGAGAGAGAGAGAGAGAGAGAGAAAGGAGAGAAUCAGGGAUGGGUAGGAGGAGGCAGAGGUUUCUUCCUCCAUUUUUUGGGUUGCUCAGACACGAGUCUCAGACCGUGUCAGCCGGACAGAGAACAACCAUCUCUUUGGGUGCUUCACCCAUACCUAGGAGCCUUCUCCCUCCAUCCUCCUGCAGCUGGAGCAGGGCUAGCGGAGAUCUAAUGGUGGCUAGCAGAGUAGGGGGCUGAAGGCAGUGACUGCUGUGAGCAGAGGAGGAGGGGCUGGGCUGAGCUGGUGUAUUCGCUCUGCCUCACAGACACAUUUUAUUGACUUGCUAAUUGGCUGAGACACUCGGAGGAGACUAGGACCGACGAGAGCUCCUGUACAGAGGAGGGAUACAGGCAGAAGCAUUCUGCAAUCUGCAAUCCAAAUAUCCUUUUCCACUCUGGAGUCAUUACAAUGGAUGUUUUCAACCUCGUUGAUCUACGCAGUGUGCUUACAUGAUUCAUGCAUGACAUGAAUGCGUGUCUUUGCCUCACAUGCUAUCAGAAGAAGACUCUCAAAGCCACACGCUUUGUGACAUAAGAAUGAUUUCAAUUUGGUUUUAUUUACCUUCAAACAGGUUUGUCUUUGCUUGAUAACCUAAAGUCCUUACCACAGUAAAUAUGCUUCAGUGUUAUUGAGAGUGGAAUAGGUGGAUACGUAACACAUUAUUUCUAGAACACAGGGAACACUGGGGAAUGUCACAGCAGCAUGAAGAGAUAUGGUGGAUACCCCUCAAUACAAAUGAAGAAAUGGUCUAAAGAAAAGUCUACAUAUUGAAGCCACUUGCCUGAAGCAAACCAUCCUCUUGUCUUUUGCGGAGUGGAGCACCGUUUUUAUGGAUGAAUGCACCAAGUUCAUUUGUUGAUUCUGAUGACACCAUUUCAUAAUGAAUCAGACAAAUUCACUCUAAAAGCUGAUACAUCAACAAUGAGGAAAACAUUUUCUCUGAAUUUGGAGUGUGGAAAUCAUCAAUCUUACGGAGAAUAAGCAAAAUACGUAAAGGGUGAACUGUGAGGGACAGAGGAGGAGACUGGAAAGACCACUGGUCACAGAUCUGUUGAGAGAAAGUGAGGUAGGAUUAAAUGAGGCCUCAAGCUUCUUCCUGUUUGCCAUGAGUGUGACCUGUGAAUCUGUCUGGGUCAAAGCGUGGGCGCUACUGCGCUGAAGUCUGCCGCCCUCAUGAGCCACGCGGGCACACUUCAGAGACGUACCACCUACCUCAUCUCCCUCACCUUGGUCAAGGUUGAGCCUGUGCCAGGAGAUGAGAAGACCCCAAUACCCAGGAGGCAAGCAGGGGAUCCUGAGGAAGAGGUGGAGGAAGAAGUUAGCAGGACCACUGAGGUUGAAGGAGAAUGUGCAUGUGCUGAGUUUGAAGGAGAUGAUAAUACGGAGAUUGAAGAGGAGGAGCAGGAGGAAGUCAGCUAUUGUGGUCCUGUCCAAGAAAGGGGAAAACGUGAGAUAAGAGACAGUCAUGGCUUUGGACCCUCAAAAGAUAACAUGUUGGUCGGGAAAUUUAAGGACCCUCCCUUAUUACCUGUUAAAGAGUCGGUGAAAGCCUAUGGAGGGCUUUACUCUGAAGGGGGCCUGAGGAAGGAUGGAUCCCGCCCCAAGACAGAACUUUACAGGGAUCCGCCCAUUCUGUUCCUGAGGGGUGAAGAGGGAGGCGAGCCCAAUGGGGGUCGCUCCCAUCUGAGCAUGCCCAUUUCUGAUCAACCUCAUGUCAGCCAGAGGUCUGAGGUCCUGAUGAGGUCACACGCAGGGGCCGGGGCCAUGAGCCGUCGAGAACUUCGAGAAGCCAAUCAGAGUGUACCUCCUUCUGCCAAGAGCCUUGACCGCAAGGACAACCGCGUUGGGGAUCGCUCUCCUAUGACAUCUGCGACGGCUGCCCUGGGGCCUUACAGAGCAUCUUGGGCAGACAGCGAUGGCAGGGCCACCCUCAUACGUACGGGGGCACCCAUAGUGGGAGGGUUGACUGGUGUGGUGACAAGGGACAGCCCGCGGGGGGAUAAGAUGAAGACCGUGUCAACCUCUCUUCCUGCACCUCCCAACACCAAGCCCCAGAGAAAGGGCAAGAGUCGCACCCUGGACAACAGUGACCUACAUUUGUUGUCUGAGGACCUGAAAAAAGGAAAGGAGGGUGGCACAAGCCAGCGUGCCCCGCCUCGCGACCGCAAAAUGUUGAAGUUCAUCAGUGGGAUCUUCACCAAAAGCACCCCUGUGCCCCCCAGCUCCAACACUGCUCCCCCUCUCUAUACACCAAUACAGAGAGGGUCGAGUGAGGAGGAUGCGGCAUGUGCCAACAGUCAAGAAUGGACCUUCAGUCGAACUGUUCAAGAGCUUCGUUUGGGAGUUUUAGGAGGUCUCCGCAGCGGAAAGUCAGCCUUGGUCCACAGACACAUGACUGGCAGUUAUCUCCCCCUGGAGAAUCCUGAUGGGGGAAGGUACAAGAAAGAGGUGCUGAUUGAUGGACAGAGCCACCUGUUACUGAUCAGAGAAGAGACAGGACCCCUAGAUGAACAGUUUUCCAGAUGGGUGGAUGGGGUGAUCUUAGUGUUCAGUCUGGAGAAUGAGGCCAGUUUCCAGGAAGUAUAUAAGAAUUACAGCCAGCUGAGCAUCCAUCGCAACAUAACAGAGAUUCCCUUCAUAGUGGUGGGCACCCAGGAUAAGAUCAGCAGCACCAACCCGCGAGUGAUCGAGGAUGCCAGGGCACGGCAGCUGUGUUCAGAUGUGAGGCGUUGUACCUACUACGAGACCUGCGCUACCUACGGCCUCAACGUGAAUCGAGUGUUUACUGAGGCUGCUCAGAAAAUAAUGGCCGUUAAGAAGCAAGCUGCUCUCCUGGCUUCUUGCAAAUCCCUUCCUAACUCACCUAGUCACUCUGGAGGCUCCACCCCUGUGUCAGGAGUCUUCCCAGGGCAGGCCAGUAACGGUGGUCACAGCAGUGACUACUCGUCUUCCCUGCCCUCCACUCCUGUGAUCAGUCAUAAAGAGAUCGGGGGGGCAACAGGAGGGGAGCGGCUGGGCAGUGCCACUCCAGGUUCCGUAUGCAGUGCCCCUCGCAGACGCACCUCACGUUUUGCGGGCCGUAGGGGCAGUGACUCAGAGAAGAGGAGCUCAGACCCUAAGGGAGACCUAGGCAGUGGGCGCUCCAUCCCCAUCAAACAGAGCAUAUUGCUGAAACGUAGUGGGAACUCUCUCAACAAGGAGUGGAAGAAGAAAUACGUCACACUGUCUAACAAUGGCAUGCUGUCCUAUCACUCCAGUGUUAAUGAUUACAUGCAAAAUACCCCUGGGAAGGAGAUGGACCUGCUAAGGGUAACGGUGAAGGUGCCAGGGAAGCGCCCUCCUCGAGCCGUUCCAGCCUGUGGCCCUCCGCCAGGCCUCAAUGGCCUUGUCAAAGAUGUCCAGAGUCCUGAGGGAACCAGCUCAGUCCCUGUGAAUGUCAGCAGUCUGUUGCCAGUGGAGGAAGGGGCAGGGAUUCGGGGGGGGCUGUCCCCUGGGGGGAACAAAGGGGUGGAAAGAUGCCCCACCACACUCUCCAACAAGGCCCAAAGUGUUGACUCUUCCAUUGAAGGUCUGUCUAGACCCAUAUCUUCUAAAGAAACGGGUUUCCCUGCCUCCCCGAUGAUUGACAGGAAAAAGCACAGAAGGAAGAAAAGCAUGAACCAGAAGGGGGAUGCACAGAUUGGUCAAGCAGAAGAUGAGGAUAACUUUGACUUCCUGAUUGUUUCGAGCACGGGCCAGACAUGGCACUUUGAGGCCCAGAGUGUGGAGGAGAGAGAUUCCUGGGUACAGGCCAUUGAAAGCCAGAUCUUGGCCAGCCUGCAGCUGUGUGAGAGCAGCAAAAACAAGGCUCGUAAGAACAGCCAGAGUGAGGCAGUAGCUCUGCAGGCUAUCCGUAAUGCAAAGGGCAACAACCUCUGUGUGGACUGUGAAGCACCCAACCCGACCUGGGCCAGUCUGAACCUGGGUGCUCUGAUCUGCAUCGAGUGCUCAGGGAUCCACAGGAACCUUGGCACCCACCUGUCCCGUGUUCGCUCCCUGGAUCUGGAUGACCUGCCACGCGAGCUUACAUUAGUACUUAGCGCCAUUGGCAACCACCUGGCCAACAGUAUCUGGGAGGGGCGCACCAUGGGUCGCCACAAACCCACCCCUGAUGCCACCCGCGAAGAACGAGAGUCGUGGAUCAGGGCCAAGUAUGAGCAGAGGCUGUUUGUGGCGCCUCUUCUAACACCCAGUCCCAACGAUCGCCCAGAAGUCUCCCUCCAUGCCCGUCUGCUGUCGGCAGUGACGGAGCGUGACCUCCCCCGGCUGUUGCUCCUCCUGGCCCACAGCACAAAGGAGGACAUGAAUGCCCCCCCUGGAGCACAGGCCCACAGCCCCAGCUCUCCCCUUGCCCCUCGGCCUUCGUGCUCUGCCCUGCAAGCUGCAUGCCAGCUGGCCGAUGUGGUCAUGACGCAGCUUCUGAUCUGGUAUGGCAGUGAUGUGAGGUGUCGUGAUGCCCAGGGCCAAUCAGCUCUUGCGUUGGCACGUCAAGCAGGCAGUCAGGAAUGUGUCGACAUUCUCCUGCAGUAUGGCUGCCCCAAUGAACCCUCCCCCACUAUUGCCACCACGCCCAGCUUCUCUGUUGCCACCAUGCCAAGCCUCUCUAUUACUACUACACCCAGUCUCUCUCGCAAUAGCAGUGCCGCCAGCCUGAGCCGCAGUAGUUCUAGAAGAGCAGUGUCAUAACCUAAAUGUUAGUAUGUGUGUAUGUGUGUGUGUGUGUUGCACAUUCGUAUUCAUAUACAUGAUGUAUCCAUAACAAAGUCUUUAGUCUCUAGCAGGUUUCACUAAGCAACUAUGUCCUCCUAGUGUCCUCUGAAAGGUACCUGUGACUUCUAUACAGGACACAGUCACAGAUCAGCAGGCCUGAAUGAACAAGCAGCCAGUUCUGUCACCCCCAAGCCUGGGGGCUAAGCUGUGAGUGGCGCCUUCUCAGUAGGCUUAUCUGUGUGUGUGUAUAUGUGGGAUGUAGCUACUCAGUGGGUUAUUACUUACUCACUCCUGCAACUCUGACAGCCUGCCAAAACAGACUCAGUGGCUAUAACUCUGUGGGGCAUUCCAACAGCCAAAACAGAAUUUGGGUUAUUUAAAAAUGGGUUCCGCUAACCCCUGAAUCCCAUCACAAAAAAGAUGGACUGGUGGCCAAAAUAAAGACCAAAAUGAUAGAGUUUUCCUGUAUGCUUAAGUAAAGAACUGCAAUAAUCAGAUUUAAGACAGUGGAUGUUUUCAUCAUUCUCAACUUGUCUCUAUGUGCUUGGGAUGUCUUUAUAACAAGUCAUGCAAGAUAACUUCUUAACUCAAUUAUUGAAAAAGCUAACCACCAGUUUAACAUUUUAAGAUUAUUUUCUCACUGAGAAAAUUAUAUUCCAUAAGCUUCCACUUAGCUGAUAAAUUCCCAUGCAUAUCCCCUCUACAAGAACGAAUGUUUGAUCUAGCUCAUUUUCCUGGAUGACAUUGAACUGAUACAAACAAAAGUAGUCGAGUGGAUAAAAAGGUCAACAUAACUAGGCAUUUAGCUUGUGUUGAAAUGUCCACUGCAUAAAACCAAUCACUGUUCUACUGACCCGUGAACAAUGCUACUGAGCUGAGGUUCAGGUGAAAAUAAUAAUGUCCAAUUUGUAUUUUAACAAGAGUACAAAUAAUUGUAUAGAAAUACAUAUAUAAAAUUACUAUUAUUACAAAAAUGGUCAUAGUUAUAAAUAUUGAGAAGUGCUUCUUGUCUAAGAUUGUUAUUGUAUGUUCUAAUGUUUCUACGGUAGGUUCUUGUUUUCUAAUACUAAAAAGGUUUACUCUUAUCUGUUCAAAGGUUUGUGGAUGUGACAGGUUAUAUCAUUUAGUUUUGCAAUCAGUCAGUUAUUUUCUACAUUACUUUGACGUCAACGACUAAGAUUUGUUCUGUCUAUUUGCGUGUGUGUUUUGGAAACAAAUGUGAAUACUAACAUGCUGUAGUCUAAUCUGGAACGAGUUUAAACCUACUAUACACUCUCGUGGUGCAUUCCACCCUGAUAAAACGUCUGUUAAUUCCCUCUUGGCUGGUAUUAGACAAACUAUUCGAAAUCAUUCACAAACUUGCAGGACAGGGAAUAAUAAGUAAUAAUAAAUUAAUUAAUAUACUUAUAGUAGAUAAGUAGCAACAUUUUACUUACAAUUUUUUCUUCAACUGUCCACAAAUAAUACAAUUUAAUGGCAACAAAUGCAGUUUGCUCCAUUAAUGAAAUAUUAAAGAUGGUGUAGGCAAUGUUGUUGAGAAGAACUUUUUGUCAUAUUAGCCUAAAUAAACUUCACAUCUUGAUAGCAACCAAUACAUCUAAAGGUUUGACAGUAAUAUGAAAUAAAUCUGACAUAUGGUUGUCGUAGGACUGUAAUAAACACGACAAAUCAUUACGAUCAUUUCAAGACUAAUUAUUGGAUGGGCUACCUGUCUGUUUACCUACCUAACUGCGCGCACUUUGCUCCUGCACUCAAUGUGUGUUACUGAAGUUUUCAACCAGGCUAGGCCAAGGUAUUCUUAAACAACAAAGCUGGUGGCACAAGAAUGGCGGGGGAAGAACAGGCAAUAAAUCCAGUUCCAGAUUUUACAGUUAAAAGACGAAGGAGAAAACAGACAAUAGUUGAAAGGGCUACUAGCAAAAAGAGAUUGGAUUUAGCAAGAAGUAAAACCAGAGUAAAUAUCAGUGAUGCUUUUCCACGCUGGCGAGAACUGACAUUUAAAACUCAAUUAUAGAAUUUCCCAAUACUAACAUGCUAUCUUGAAAGUAGUGAGUACUAAUGUUAGACAUGUUUAUGUUCAUAGUGUUGUGUGUGUUCUUACAUGUGAAUGCGACAUAGGGUAAUUACCCCAAAAAAGAUGCUGCUCUCAAAAGCGCUCUUUCUCGUGUGGACUAACUAGACUCAUCCCCCGGCAGUUCUGUAGUCAGGCAGCACGUUCAUGUGUUUGUGGGAGUGGCUUUGAAGGGAGGGUAUGGGAUAUUAUGGUUUGAAUCGUUUGGAAUUGAAGCUAAAAUAGCCAACUUUGCAAAACUUGCCUACACCAGCUUUAAUGUUCAAGCGAUUAUCAUUGAGGGUGGCCCCUCUGCCAGUAGAUGGCGGCACCUCCUCUUUCCUACCCUAUAUUGCGAUGUGCUUCAACGGACAGUUUGCCCAAAUGAAAAAAAAUCUUCUUACCUGUAUUACUGCAUCUACAUGGUUUUGGUGUGAAUUGCCCAGAUUUGGAGGCAACAGCCAUAGAUAUGGCUACCUCUCGAAUAUAAUGGAACCAGAUUGGACAAUUUUUGUGCACAAAGUGUGGUGAAGACCAGGAUAGUUCCAUUAUCCUUGAAAGAAAAAAAACAUUUCUACAACCGUACCCUCCAAAACUCUACAACUCAAUUUUCCUCUUACUCAGCACUUCAAGUCAGAGGAAAUGUAUGAAUUUUCGAUUUUGGGGUGAACCAUCCCUGUAAACUCUGUAGAAUGUAUCUGCCAGAGCGGUAGCUCUCUGACCUAUCUCAACAGUGUUAGUUUCAGAAAUGCAGUUUAAGUAUGAACAAAACAUGCCUUGAUUAUUAGUGAAUGUUUAGCUAAGGUUGGAUUCUGAAUUCAUUGAUCCAAAAUAAAAUGUGCUUUUUCUGUU